AUGAUGACCGGGAGGCCCGGAGCCCGGAGCGCGGUCGCAAGACUGGGCACUGAAUCCUCGGACAUCCGCGUCAGAGCCCCCCUCAGCCCUCGGUUGAGCGGCGGGCGUCACCGACCUGGCGCUUACCUAGAUAUGAAAAUCCAUUUUGAGAAAAAUUUAGAAGAAGAACGCCAAAUAUUGCUGCAGCAACAAAAAAUAUGUCGAAAUCAAGCACGUAAAUAUUUUGUGGAGUCAAACCAGAGAAAAAAAGCUUUUGAAGAGAAACGAAAACAACAAGAAGAAAGAGAACACAAAAUCAGAGAACAAAUACUUCAACAACGAAAAAAAAAGUUUGAAGAAGUUACUGAAAAAUUCCAGCGUGCCCAUAUUCCUCUUUCACAGCGGAAGAGAACAGUUUUUCAAAAACCAGUUCCUCCAUUAGAAGCGGCCCUCAAACAAAUUCAGAAAUCCAACUUAAAAUCAGAGGUAAACCUUCCCUCUUCCCACAGACCAAUAAUAGACGGGAGAGUUAUAGAUAAUUCCUUGCCUUCAUCAUUGUCGAAAAAUGAUCACAAGCAUCAGAAACAUCUCCUAUCCAAAAUCAAUUGUGAUAAAGAAAUGAAGGAAAACAGCAAGGCAAACUUGACUACUAACAAAGAUGCAUUCCAGCUUAAACUGGAGGAAACUCAGAAACUCCUAGAAGAUCAGCAUCUAAGCAGUUUGCAAAAAUUUUGUGAUGAAGUUAAUCAGAUAACAAAUUCUGAAACCCUCUCAAGUAUAGACAGUCUUGAGGCUGGGGAAUGUGAAGAAAUAUAUUUAACACUUAAUAAGGAGCCUUCCACAUCAAUCCAGCAGCAGAAUUCUAUUUCCCUCAAAUCUGCAAAUCUGCAAUCAACUAAUCUAAGUUGCUUUGAUGAAGAUAAGCUGUCAUUCUCUAAAACUCAAUAUAUAAAUAAUUGGCUUAUAAAUUUAGAUGAUCCGAACACUCAGACUGUCACACAUUUCUCAGAUAUUUUAAGUAAAUCUAAUGUUCUACCUUCACUUAAAUGUCUUAAUGGUGAAGAACAAAAUUCAUCUGCUCUGAGUAGAACUGUGGAAAGAGCCACAAAUACUGCUAACAAUUUAGUAGCCUUUGUAUAUAGCCCAUCCAUAUUUGUAAAAGAUAAAAAAAGCAAAGAGACCUCUGAAACUAGUUCUAUGAGGACAACUGACACCACUUCUGGAGCAUUCAAAAGGGAGAGACCAUUAGUUACUGAGAGCCCAACAUUUAAGUUCAGCAAAGCCCAGGCCACUCCAGAUUCUCCAACCCAGGAAAUGGCAACAAUUUCAGACCAAGAGAAAUAUUCUGAAUUGACUCAAGAAAAUAGAACUACUUCAGUUCCCACUUCAUUUGUACCUGUGGCAACACCUUUAGUUUUGCCAUCGAAUACACAAUCAGCUAGGCCUUUACCAAAAAACAGUAUACAUAUAAAAGAAAUCGACCCAGUGCAGUGUUCUGAUAAGUUAGGGGAAAUAAAAGACAUUAAAGAUGAAAAGAUAAGCUAUUUUAACUGUAAUGAGGAAGAGUUGUCUUUAUUUUCAGAUAAUUUUCAAGCUGGCUGUAUACCUUACAACUCUGACUCAAAAGUUUUUACAGCUGAAACAACAACAUCAUUAUAUAGUAUAAUUUCUAAUUGUGACUUAGUUGGUCAGCACAAGAAAAUGAAAUGCGAUAUUCAUGAGAGAAAUGGUGUGAGGCUUCUUAAAAGUAUUUUAAAGAAAGAAUCUAAAUACAAACAUGAUUAUUUUAAGGCACUAGUUACAAACCAAGGCUUUAAGUUAGGAAAUCAAAAAGCAACAGAUAUCAGAGACAGUAUUGAAUUAACAAAAGAAAAAGGGAAAAGUGCAGAAAUUCCAAAGACUAUUAAAAAACUGAAAUGGUUUGAUGAAACUGAGGAUACAGAAAAAAAUGUUGAAGAUAAUCAUUCACUGAAAAAUAGAAUAGGAAUAACUCAACAGUGGUCUCAACCAUUCCACAUUCAAACUAAAAGUGUUGCUGCCAGCAACAUAACUAGUAUUAUUCCUGCUUCUUCUGUGAAUUCUGCUGAUAAGAAAAAGCCCAAGGAUGAUUUUAUCUCUGAAAAUGUCACUGCUUUAGGAGGAUCUGGAAUAGACCAUGUGCCUGUGAACUGUUUUAUACCUUCAGGUUAUAACAUUGCUAAACAAGCCUGGCCAGACUCAAAAGAAGAGGAAAGUAAAUCCCCUGUAAAUAGUGGUGGUUCUAAAACUCAGAAAACUAAUCCACAAAAGGGUGGAGCAAAAGUAAUUAGAAGAACAAGAUCUGCUAAAGUCCAAUCAGACUUUAUAUAUACGAACAGAAAAGGCGCUGUUAUUCGACCACAGUCUGUGAGCAAAGCCAACACAUUUUUACAAGCUCAGGGUAAAUUAAUUGUACCUCAUCCUCCUCCUAAAUCUCAAUUAAAUAUUAGAAUUGGUAAAAAUAUACAAGUAUCUCAGUAUUAAUCUGUAAUGCCUGAAAAUUCUCAAAACAUCAGUACAAGUGACUGUUCAUUCAAAACGUGCUUCCAACAGAAGUUAAAUCAGUGGAAUCAAGAAAGUAGUCUUCCACUCUCUGUUUGUCCUGACUUAGUCACUGUGAUGCCAUCUCUACCAUAUUGUUCUUCUGAGUGCCAAACUUUAGCAAAAAUAAAUCAUUCAAAUGGCAAUCAAAUGGUUGCCCAGCAAGAUGGGAUAUUAUAUUACACCCAAAGAUGUCCAACAUAUGAAGAAAGUCAUUCCUCUGUGAUUCUUAAAACUACUAAAGAAGAAUUUGUUCCCUUGUGGAAAAUACAGCAUAGUGUUCUGGGUCAAAAUGAAAAGGCUGCUGGUUUUAACAGUGCCUGGCACUUAAAUUUUGGACAAAGUGUCCAGCUAAGUUCAAGUGAGCCAAAACAAACCACAAGGGCUACUUCUAAUAUUGAAGAAUGUAUGUUUUAG